AUGCUGAAAGAUCUCAGUACACUCGAAGUGUUCCUCAAUCAACGGCGCAACGCAUUGGACAACGUACUGCACUGCUGGCGUACACGUGGCGCUGAAGCUGCAGUUGGAGAAGCAGCCCGAAGCGGUGAUUUGGCUGUACUGGUCGAACUUGUUGAUGCAUUCAACCACGCACCUUCUGUAUGGAAUCUAACCCUCUGUACCGUAAUUUUACCGCACAUUGAACCGCUGCUAGGUGCCAAUAACGAGGAUUACGUUGAGGUUAGUUAUGGUUACAUUUUGCACUCAUACUUAUUUGGCAAAGAGUAA